AAUCGGCGCUUUUAGACUCUCAGGUUAAAAUAUUCCAAUAGAUUGUCUAGUUUUCCAAUGUUUAUCUACUAAAAUCAACUAAUCAAAUGUUGGAGAUUAAGGUAAUCACAAUGUACCUCUGGAUAACCUUUGCUUGGUUAUCUUUUAUUGCAACUUUAAGCUUUGGACAAGAAGUACCAAAAAUAAAUCCCUUUCUUCCAAGUAUCAAACCAGUGAUCGGAGGUAAAACCUCAUUCUAUUGCCAGAGUCUAUCAGGAUCAUCUCCUCUUCAUGUAACAUGGUUCAAAGAUGAUAAAGAGAUUCAUGAUUCUUCAUUUAUCCGAAUUAAAUCAAAUGAAGAUCCUUCAGUGUUAAUUAUCGAGACAAUCCAAUCAAGUCAUUCAGGAAAUUAUACUUGUAGGAUGUCCAAUAAACUUGGCUAUGACUCUUAUACAACUGAGCUCUUAGUCCAAGGAUCACCUAACUGGAUUGAAAAACCUAAGGAUAUUACUGCUCAUUCUGGUGAUACACUAACAGUUAAUUGUUCAGCUUCUGGUUAUCCAAAACCUAAAAUUGAAUGGAAAAGACUCCAAGGUUCAUCAUGGAUAAAUUUACCUUCUAAUAAUUUGUACUCGAAUCAAAUCCAAUUAAGUGAUAAGUUGAUCAUAAAAAAUACGACUCGUGAAUCCAAUGGGAAAUAUGGAUGUUUAAUGAGCAACGGAAUCGAACCAAAUCUAUGGACAGAAUUUGAUGUUACAAUUAAGGUUAUCUUUAGUUAUAAUUAUCUUUCUCAGUCAUUCAAGUUAUGGACAAGAAGCUCCUAAAGUGAACCCAUUUUCUGCGGCAAUCAAACCAGUGAUCGGAGGAAAAACAUCAUUUACUUGUCAAAGUCUUUCAGGAUCACCACCUCUUCAUGUAUCUUGGUUCAAGGAUGGAAAUGAGUUAACUGACUCAUCU